GGCCGCGCGGCGUUGCGCUGCACCGGGGGAGGGGGGUUGUCACGUGACAGUGGUGGGCGCCGCCGCUGCUGCUGCUUUGUGAGCACAUUGGGCAGAUUUUCUAUUUUGUACAUACAUUGUUUUGUAUAUACUGUAUAUGAUGACUUCGGUGGGCAGUGAACGUACCCGGGGCACUCGGGACAAAACACAGAUUUCAACCACGCAGCCAGCACAACCACAGAAACAAGUCGUACAGGCAACAGCAGAACAGAUUCGCCUCGCUCAGAUGAUCUAUGAUAAGAAUGAUGCAGAUUUUGAAGAUAAAGUGAAACAACUCAUGGAAGUGACGGGGAAGAACCAGGAUGAAUGCAUAGUGGCGCUACAUGAUUGUAAUGGGGAUGUGAAUAGAGCAAUCAACAUACUGCUGGAAGGAAACUCGGACACAACUUCAUGGGAGACUGUAGGGGGAAAGAAGAAAAGCCUUGGAAAAGAGAGUUCAGAAAACAAAGAGAACAGAGAAAAGCGAGGGGACAGGGAAGUGAGCCGUGGACGGGGAAGCUCCAACAGACGGGGAAGAGGAGGCAACCGUGGCCGAGAGUUUCGAGUAGAAGAGAACGGUGUGGACAACAGUCAAGGGGAGAGGCCUUCAGACCGUGGGAAACGUGGCCGUGGGAGAGGGUUUGGACGUGGUAGAGGGCGAGGAGCUGGGAGAUUUUCAGCCCAAGGCAUGGGGACAUUUAAUCCUGCAGACUACACGGAGACUUCUGCCACAGACGGAUUUGGGCCAAAACCAGAGGUUUGGGAGACUGGUCAGAAUGAUGCAGAUGAUGGAACUGAGCCAGCCCAGAGUGGACAUUAUCUUGCUCAGGACCUGCCAAAUAAUUGUGGACUCCAAGGAGCAUGGAAGAAUUCAAUAGAAGAAUGGACGGCAGAAGACUGGAAUGAAGAUCUUUCUGAAACAAAGGUCUUCACUGCAUCUUCUGUUCCAGCUGAGAAUCACAUCACUCCUGGGCAAAGCAUUGACCUAGUAACAUUACUUCAGAAGCCUGUGACUUCUAGCCAAGAAACAGAAGGCAACUCCUUCGAGUCUCCCCAACAGCAGAGCUUUGGCCAAGCCCUAGUCUUCACGAAUUCCCAACACAACACCCAGAUGACAUCAGGAACUGGCAAUUCCAGUUCUCUAAACUCCUAUUCUCCUCAGAGUCUGUCUUCAGUUCUCUGUUCUGGGUUUGGAGAACUUGGAUCCUCUAAAUUAGCAAACUCCACUGGAUCUCCGCUCUUGGACCAGCUGAAGUCUCCAGGUUUGGGUCAGUUCACCUCUCCGAGCUCUCAGCAAAACAGCAGUAGUUCCGCCGCCGCCACCACCUCAUCCUGGGAUCUAAAACCCCCGAUUAGCCAAUCCUCGGUCCUCAGUCAGUUUGACUUUAAAUCCCAGCCUGAACCAUCUCCAGUUCUCAGCCAGCUGACCCAGCGACAACAACAGCAGACACAGACAGCCCCUGUUCCUCCUCCUGGAUUGGAGUCCUUCUCCUCCCAAGUAAAACUCCGAGAGCCAUCACCAGUAGACAGUUCUAUGGCUGCAAGCAAAAUGCUGCAGCUCCCCAGCAUGUCUAUGGAUAACCAGGCAGCGUCUGCCCAUCAAACGCAGCAGAAACAGAUCAAACCACUGAAACGGAGGAUACCCCCAGCUUCUAAGAUCCCGGCCUCUGCAGUGGAAAUGCCUGGAUCAGCCGAUGUGACAGGGUUAAACGUUCAGUUUGGAGCUCUGGAGUUUGGGUCAGAGCCUUCUCUCCCAGAGUUUGGGUCAGCCCCAAGCAAUGAGAAUAUCAGCCAGGUGCCCAGCAACAGCUUGUACUCAAAACCUGUAAAUGAUCCUUUGAAUACCUCUUUGCCAAUAUCCAAUACAGUACAGGAGUCCACCUACACAACCUCUGCCAUCACUUCUUCCAGUCUGACCUGCUCGUCCCAGAGCACUAGCCCCGUAACAACAACUUCCUCCUAUGACCAGACUUCUGUGCAUAGCAGGAUAGCAUACCAAAGCUCCAUGGCUCCAUCGGACUCAACCCCUGUUGCAGUCACGAAUGGGCACAGUGGUGUUCGAACACAGCCAACUCUUGACACUACUUCAUCAGUUCCAACGUCUAAGACAGAAACCUCUCCCUCGCUUCCUACUGCGGGGUCUCUGCCUAGCACGGCGUCCUCCACUGCUUCGCUUCUGCCUUCAGCUCCACAGCACACAGCAGCGUUACCCAGCUUGCCCCAGUCCAGUGACUUGGCCAGCAGCUCACUCUCCCAGUUAAGCAGUUCCCUCUCCAAUCAUCAGAGCAGCCUCUCCUCUGCUGCAGUGCUGUCUGCGAGCACCUCACAUGCGCACACCAGUGCUGAGAGCACAGCUUCACUCCAGCCCUCAACAACCUUUUCAACUGCUUCAACCUCAGCCACUAGCACCAUAUCCUCGGUUGUCAGCAUGGCAAGCAGUAUGAACACUACGAACAGCCUUGGCCUGAGCGUUACCAGCGUGUCUAUGCCAGCUGCUUCUACACGGGCAGCUCCCUUAGUGUCUUCAGGCAAAGCUCCCCCCAACCUGCCCCAAGGUGUACCACCCUUGUUGCAUAACCAGUAUAUUGUGGGACCUGGAGGACUCCUGCCUGCCUACCCACAGAUCUACGGUUAUGACGAUCUUCAGAUGCUCCAAUCCAGGCUGCCAAUGGAUUAUUAUGGAAUUACAUUCCCUGCUCCUGCAACCUUGACAGGCAGAGAUGGGAGCCUUGCUAACAACCCAUACUCAGGUGAUGUAACAAAAUUUGGCCGCGGGGAUUCUGCCUCCCCUGCUCCUGCCACCACGUUGGCCCAGCCGCAGCAGAAUCAGACGCAGACUCACCACACCACUCAGCAGCCCUUCCUAAACCCUACGCUGCCCCCAGGAUACAGCUACACGGGCUUACCAUAUUACGCCAGCGUGCCAGGAGUACCCAGUGCAUUCCAGUAUGGGCCCACCAUGUUUGUACCUCCAGCAUCAGCCAAGCAGCAUGGCGUCAAUUUGAACACUGCUUCCACCCCAUUUCAGCAGGCAAGUGGUUAUGGACAACAUGGUUAUGGAGCAGGCUAUGAUGACUUAACGCAGGGAACAGCAGCUGGAGACUACAGCAAAGGAGGCUACAGUGGAUCAUCUCAAGCACAAAACAAAUCUGCUGGCACUGGACCUGGGAAAGGUGUUUCUGUGACCUCAAGUAACACAGGUGUGCCUGAUAUCAGUGGCUCAGUCUAUAACAAGACUCAGACGUUUGACAAGCAGGGAUUCCAUGCUGGCACACCACCUCCUUUCAGCCUGCCAUCUGCUCUUGGAUCCACUGGGCCACUGAACCCUGGUGCUGCCCCAGGUUAUGCUCCAGCCCCUUUCCUGCAUAUCCUGCCUGCACAUCAGCAGCCUCAUUCCCAGAUGCUGCAUCACCACCUUCAGCAAGAUGGGCAGGGUGGAUCUGGCCAGCGCAAUCAGCCAAGCACCAUGCAGCAAAAGUCUCAGGCUACCAAAACCGCCUAUGGCACUUCUCCAUACUGGACAAACUAAAACCGAAACAAGGAAGGGGGAAGGCAGGGGAAGACUGAAAGAAGAAAAAGCCGAUGCCCAUUCCUGGAACUAUUAGGAGAAAAAGUAACUGCUCAGCCAAACGUCUGUGUGGGGAGAGCUGCAGCCAGCCAUCCUUCUGUGGCUCUCGCCCGCUCCCUCUUUGAGUUGCUGUUGUAUGUAAUAUAUUUAUGUAUGUAUUUGUAAAUGUAAUAGAGCCUACAUGUGGUUUCUGCAUCUUUGCAGCCUGUUUUAUUUUCUUUGUAGGGAGAAUUAAUUAUUCACUUCCAUUCUGCAUCAAGGCAUCUUCCUUUUUUUUUUUUUUUUAAAGCUCUGUGGGCUUUAUAAUUUGUCAAGAGAAAAACUGUGCCGUUUCGGUGAAGAAGGAGCCCAUUUAUUUAACGUAGUUCCUAGUUCAGGCAGAUGGGAAGGCCUGACCCAAAAGACAAAUCCAGGGUUCUGUCUCCUGUUGGUUUGAUUUUUUUCUUUCAGAUGUAGCUGUUACGGUUUGCGGGCCCUCUCCCUUCUUUUGUCCCCUGCCUCCCCCCAUCGCCUCUGGUGGGGAAGACGAACUCUCGUGGGCAGUUUUGUUACCAUGGCCACGAGCUGCAGCAUCAUCUUUUUAUUUCACAAUUUUUAAAUAAAUAAAAAAAAAUUGACAGGGUUUUUUUUUGUUUCUCUAGCAAGAGACUUUGGAUGGCUCAGUCAGCGUGUCCUGGAACCUCCUUUGCAUCAUUAGAGGCAAAACUAUGUAGCGGUUUCUUAAAUAAAAGUAUAAGCUGUG